AUGGCCGAGAAGUCCGACAAGAGCGCCAACCCCAUGAGGGAGUUGCGCGUCCAGAAGCUGGUCCUCAACAUCUCCGUCGGCGAGUCUGGUGACAGGCUCACUCGUGCCGCCAAGGUGCUUGAGCAGCUGUCCGGUCAAACCCCCGUCUACAGCAAGGCCCGCUACACCGUCCGUACCUUCGGUAUCCGUCGUAACGAAAAGAUCGCCGUCCACGUCACCGUCCGUGGCCCCAAGGCCGAGGAGAUUCUCGAGCGUGGCCUCAAGGUCAAGGAGUACGAGCUGAGGAAGCGCAACUUCUCCGAGACCGGCAACUUCGGCUUCGGUAUCAGCGAGCACAUCGAUCUCGGCAUCAAGUACGACCCUGCCAUCGGUAUCUACGGCAUGGACUUCUACUGCUGCAUGACCCGCCCCGGUGAGCGUGUCGCCAAGCGCAGGCGCGCUAAGAGCCCCAUUGGCUCGUCCCACAAGAUCACCCAGGCCGAGACCAUCAAGUGGUACAAGAACAGGUUCGAGGGUAUCGUCAGGUAA